AAUAUAUAAAACCCCCCCGAACCAUUUCUUCCUUUCGCCUUCUCGAGCUGUUCUCUCUCUCUCUCUCUCUCUCUGUGCGGAAUCUCUUCUAGACUUCUUCUGUUGUGUGUUCGAAUCCGUUAGGAAAGAGAUGGCAGAGGAGAAGAAGGCUAAACCGAGCGGUGCCUGGACCACCGUCAAGCCCUUCGUCAAUGGAGGCGCCUCCGGUAUGCUCGCCACAUGCGUCAUCCAACCCAUCGAUAUGAUCAAGGUGAGGAUUCAGCUGGGCCAGGGAUCUGCAGCCUCUGUGACCAAGACCAUGUUGAAGAAUGAGGGAUUUGGUGCCUUUUACAAGGGGUUGUCUGCUGGUUUACUCAGGCAAGCAACUUACACCACUGCCCGUCUCGGAUCAUUCAAGAUGUUGACGGCAAAAGCAAGCGAGGCUAAUGAAGGGAAGCCCCUACCUCUAUAUCAGAAGGCUUUGUGUGGUCUGACUGCCGGAGCCAUUGGUGCUUGUGUUGGAAGCCCAGCAGAUUUAGCACUUAUCAGAAUGCAAGCUGAUGCUACGUUGCCCCUAGCUCAGCGUAGGAAUUACACAAACGCCUUCCAUGCCCUUUCCCGUAUAGUUGCUGAUGAAGGAGUUUUAGCACUUUGGAAAGGUUGUGGUCCUACCAUGGUUAGGGCCAUGGCUUUGAACAUGGGAAUGCUUGCUUCUUAUGAUCAGAGUGCCGAGUACUUCAGAGAUUCCCUCAAUUUCGGGGAAACAUCUACUGUGGUUGGAGCAAGUGCUGUUUCGGGGUUCUUUGCCUCAGCUUGCAGUUUACCUUUCGACUAUGUCAAAACCCAGAUUCAGAAAAUGCAACCCGAUGCCCAGGGAAGAUAUCCCUACACCGGAUCUCUCGACUGCGCCAUGAAGACCCUAAAAUCGGGCGGACCUCUGAAAUUCUACACGGGUUUCCCGGUGUACUGCGUUAGGAUCGCUCCUCACGUCAUGAUGACAUGGAUCUUCCUUAACCAGAUCCAGAAACUGGAAAAGAAGGUUGGUUUGUGAUGUUCUUUGAGCACUACCAAAGCUCUCCAUCGGGGAAAGAAAGGGAAGGUAAGCGAAUAAGAUAAAGCAGCAGCGGCAAGACUGGUGACACAUUUUUGGCUAUGAUUUUUUUUUCUUCUGCAUUUUGAUUUGAUAUAAUAAUAUAACACUACUGUUAUUAUUAUAAAUCUCACGAAAAAGCCGUGAUGCACAUCGGCUCUUUCCAUUCACUUAUCAAAAUUUUGUCUUUUUUUA